UCCGCGGGGGCCGCUGAACCCGUGCGGCACUCCGCGGGGGCCGCUGAACCCCUGCGGCACACCGCGAGGGCCGCUGAACCCCUGCGGCACUCCGCGGGGGCCGCCGACUACCCGCCGCGGCAGGCCGCGGGACUAUGGUGUGGCCCGGAGCCGGACGCGCGCCGGCCGCCGCCGGUGCUCGGCGGCGCCGACGCUCCGCUGGUGGUGUCUGUGGCAGCCGGAUGGCGCGCGGCCGGCGAGCAGGCGCCGCUGCGCGCCCUGCGGCUCGCCUCGCCACACUCGGCACGGACUGGGUGGCGCCGUCCACGUGCGUGCUGCUCGAGCGAGAGGAGGGCGCCGCUGGCGGGCUCCGCCCCGGACUGACGGUGGCUGUGGCCGACGGCCGUCCGCUGGCGAUCGCCGGGGUCACCGUCCUGUCAGAGUUCGGGAGGUGUGAGCUGUUUGGCGAUCACGGCGAGUACCUGGCCACCGAGGACGCCCGCCUCGAGGAGGCCGUGGACGACACGGAAGUGCGCUGUCUGCGGCACCGCUGCCGCCCGCCCGUCCGCCAGCUCACUCUGCAGUGUGUGAGCGCGGCCGGCCGCCGCCAGCUGUGGCUCUACGGCCUGGAGGUGGAGCUGGAGCCGGCCGCCGCCCGGACAGCGUUCUCGCUGCCGGCGGUGCUGGCCCGGCUGCACGCGCAGCAGGCGCCGCUCUCGGAGGGAGCCGAGCUGGCGCUGCGCGCCGCGCUGGCCGGCUCCGGGCCGGCGCCGCCCGGCCGAACCGCGCUGGCCGCCGGCUGCCGGACACCGGCAGGGGAGCCGGCCGAAGGCGGGAGUCGGGGCGGCGCGGAGCCGGCCGGUGCUGAGGGGGGACAUGGGCCGGGACCGGCCGUGGUGGAGCGGUGCCUGGACCGCAGCUGUGUGGCGGCGAUUGAGCAGAGACUUUGGCAGAGGAUCGGGCCCCGACUGGAGCGGAUCGAGCGCCAACAGGACGCGAUCCUGGCGGCGCUCCACCGACUGGGCCGGGCGGUGUCGGCCCGGGAAGCGGCUCCCGACAUCGGGUCGGAGGACCGGGCCGGUUCCGACAGGCUUGGCCGACAGUGAUUAGUGUGACGCACGCGAAACUGUGAAUUAAUUAAUCGCAAUUCGCAACUAGUUGUGUUGAGGCAGGAAGCCGUCUGAACGGACCGAGUCACGCCUCUUCCACCGACGCAUUAAAGAUGAACAUAUUCAUCUGCGAACCAAAACCGAGGAUACUCAAUGACUUGAUUGCUUUCUUCUUUCCUUAGAAGGCGAGCAGUACAUGAAAUGCACGCGAGAUGUGAACAAGGUUGAAUCGUCUUUC